GCGGCAGUGCCGUCGUUUACGUGGAGGUACGACCUUCGCGAGAGUUCGCUCUCGCUGGUGGGGCCCGUGCCGGAUCGCUCCUGGAAGGUCGGAGCCUGUCCUGGGGAAUAAAUCGCGAACUGGUACCACUCGCGGCACGGAGGACGCGGAGGUGCCCGGGGUAGCACGAGGAACCGCGCCGAGAAGAGGCGAAACGUGGGGGUCGAGGGACGAGGGAGGACGGGAAGGAAGAAAAAAGGGAAACAAACAUGCCGUAAAUCUCGCCAGGUGACAAUGCGUACGACCCGAUGAAGUCGACGGUGCUCAUAGCGCGUGCGGCUUUCGAUCGCAUGCGGCCAACGCGGUAGACACUCCGUCGUCCUCGCCGCGCGUGUGCAUGUGUACGGUGUGUGGUACGCGCGUGUUACCGUGUUGUACCUGACCCGUGUGGCACCUCCUGACCCAGCUUGUACCUGAUCCAGGUGCCCGACACCAGGACCGAUCGCGAUGACUACGAGGGAACUCUACGUUAAGGACGGCCGAGUAUGGGUGCCGCAUCCGGAGAAGGUGUGGGAAGGCGCCGUGCUCCUGGAGAACUACAGGCAGAAUCAGCGAAAGCUGAAAGUGCGCACGGAGGAGUCGAAGCAGACGAGGGAACUGGAGAUCAAGUCGGACAACGAUCUUCCGCCACUCCGAAACCCCGACAUUCUGAUAGGAGAAAACAAUCUCACGUCGCUGUCGUUUCUUCACGAGCCCGCCGUCCUCUACAAUCUCCAGAUUCGCUUCCAACGGCAUUCCAUUUACACCUACUGCGGCAUCGUCCUGGUAGCCUUCAACCCGUACAACGAAUUACCCAUCUACGGCAAUGACACGAUAUGGGCCUAUAGGGGCCAGGCGAUGGGCGACCUGGAACCCCACAUAUUCGCCGUGGCCGAGGAAGCCUAUACCAAGUUGGAGAGGGAGAAUCAUGACCAGUCGAUUAUCGUUUCCGGCGAAUCGGGGGCCGGCAAAACGGUCUCCGCAAAGUACACCAUGCGGUAUUUCGCGACCGUCGGCGGAUCGGCAACGGAGACGCAGAUCGAGAAGAAGGUUCUCGCCUCGUCGCCUAUCAUGGAGGCGAUCGGUAAUGCGAAGACUACCAGGAACGACAACUCCUCUAGAUUCGGAAAGUUUAUCGAGAUCCAGUUCAACAAGAACUAUCACAUCACCGGCGCGAGCAUGAGGACCUACCUGCUAGAGAAGUCGCGGGUGGUGUUCCAAGCGAACGAGGAGCGAAACUAUCAUAUCUUCUAUCAGAUGUGCUCGGCGGCGAAGCGUCUUCCACAGCUGCACCUGUCUGACCAGGGUCAGUUCCACUAUCUUAAUCAGGGCAACAACCCCAGGAUCGACGGCGUGGACGAUCUCGUGUACUUCGAUGAGACGAUAAGUGCACUGACGAUGCUCGGCUUUACGUCCAAACAGCAGGACGACAUGCUGCGCAUACUGGCGGCCAUUCUACAUCUGGGUAACGUAGAUAUAAGCAGUUGCGUGAUCAAGAACGCGAAGGACGGCGAAGUGGACACCGAGUCCAGCCACAUUUCACCGUCGGACCGGCACCUACUUGUCCUCUCCGAGCUGCUGGGCGUCGAAGUGAGCGCGUUGCGCAAGUGGCUGUGCCAUCGGAAGAUCGUUUCGACACGAGAGGUCUUUCUGAAGCCUAUGACCGUGGAGCAGGCGAUCGGCGCGCGGGACGCCCUGGCCAAGCACAUCUAUGCCGAGCUCUUCAACUGGAUCGUGACUAACAUCAACAGCUCCCUGCAGUCACCCUAUCAGGCGCACUGUUUCAUCGGCGUGCUGGACAUUUACGGCUUCGAAACGUUUGAGAUAAACUCGUUCGAACAGUUCUGCAUCAACUAUGCGAACGAGAAGCUCCAGCAGCAGUUCAAUCAGCACGUCUUCAAGCUGGAGCAGGAGGAAUAUCUGAAAGAGGACAUCGAAUGGACCUUCAUUGACUUUUACGACAAUCAGCCGUGCAUCGAUCUGAUUGAGACCAAACUUGGCAUUCUGGAUCUCCUCGACGAGGAGUGCCGCAUGCCGAAGGGUUCGGAUGCCUCCUGGGCGGAGAAGUUGUACACCAAGUGCAUCAAGUCUAAGCACUUUGAGAAACCGCGAUUCGGCACUUCGGCCUUUCUUAUCCAUCACUUCGCCGAUCUCGUGCAAUACGAAACCGUGGGCUUCCUGGAGAAGAAUCGCGAUACCGUAAUCGAAGAACAAGUGGACGUGCUAAGGAGCGGCAAGAACAAACUGCUGAGGAGGCUGUUCUCUGAAGAGGACCCCAAGCUGACAGUGCCGCAUACAAGAGUGAAAGUGUCCGCUCAGAAGAUCGUGCCGACGAGCGCAGCGAACAAGCAGAAUAAAAAGACGGUCGGCUCGCAGUUCCGUGAUUCCCUCAAUAUGCUGAUGGCCACGCUGAACGCUACGACUCUGGGUCUUCAGAGAUACGGCAGGGGUUACAUCGCACGGAGAAAGGCAGAGGCAAUGAGGAGGGAGAGAGCGGCAGUGAAGAUCCAGGCGCGUGUCAAGGGCUGGCUGCAGAGGCGAUGGUACUUGCAGGUGAAACGGACGAUUCUUGGUCUGCAGACGCGCGGCAGGGGCAACAUGGCUCGCGCCAGGUUCAGGCUGAUGAAGGACAACGCCGCCGCGACGGUGAUCCAGAGAUUCGCUCGUGGAUAUCUCGUAAGGAUGGCGUGCAAGAGAAGACUCAGGGACAUAAUAACCGUGCAGUCGUGUAUCAGGAAGCGCCAGGCGAAGAAGGUCUUCAGACGACUGAAGGCCGAAGCCAGGAGUGUGGAGCACGUCAAGUCGCUCAACAAAGGCCUGGAGAUGAAGAUCAUCACGUUGCAACAGAAGAUAAACGAGAUGGCGAAAGGCAGCCAACUCUUGAAGAACGUUCAAAACGAGAUGAUAGAUUUGAAGUGCAAGCUAGAAAGCCUGAAAUCCGUCGACGCUGAGAAUAAGAAAUUAAACGGAGUGGUGCAAGACAAAGAGAGGGAGUUGAAAAAGAUGGAGGAAACUCUACAGCGGGAGAAGGACGAGAAGAUGGAUAUAUUGCACGAUAAAGAAAGAAGUGCUCUGCAGAAGGACGCGGAGAAUAGGAAGCUGCAGGAGGAGAAUGAAAGAUUACGGAAAGAACUCUCGAUAGCAACCGAGAAAUUGAAGAGCAACCAGCGCGGUGCUGAGGAGAAUCUAAAGUAUCGACUCGAGCAGGAGAAAGAUCUGCUCAUGCUGGAACAGGACCAGGACCGCGGAGCUUAUCAGAGACUGCUCAAGGAUUACCACGAACUGGAACAGCACGCGGAAAUGGUGGAGCAAAAGUUGCUGUUACAAGGAGUGCUCGGGCACUCGCGCUCCUUGAGCAAUGCUUCCAGCGGCAGUGGUCAAAUCACGUCGACGGAAAAUCCACAAGAUGAUCAAAACGCCGAUUUUGGGUACGGCUCAGUGAGAUCCACAGGCUCCUCGUCGACGCCCUACUCGCGAGUGGAAACGAUCGACUGGAAUCAACAGCGGUCGGAUAGUCCACCCGAUGGAGAAGUUCAACCGAACAAAUCGGAGGCACCUGCGCCCGCACACGCGCCCGUGGAUAUCGGUCUUGUCCUGAAGCUGCAACAAAAGCUGAGGGACGUCGAGAAAGAGAAAGGCAGACUGAUCAGAAGAGUCGAGGAUCUGGAACGCGAUAGUAGUGAGGACUCAACCAGGACGCAAGAUUCGUUUAAACUCCAAGAACUAGAAAUGGAGAACGCGCAACUUAAAAAAGACUUGAACUCGCUGAGGAAGACUGUAUCGUCGGCCAGCCCAUCGUCCGCGCAGCAAAAUCUCAUGAUGCAAUUCGAGGCGCUACAAGAGGAACUGGAGAGGAGAAGAGAAGAGUGUAUUCAGCUGCAUAGCGUGCUGGCCGAUCACACACGUAGAAUGAAGAACUUGGGUGCCAAUUAUGGUCGCGACGUGGACAUCAUAAAUGAAGAUGGCGAGCUGGUACUCGCCUUCGAGGCACAGAAGAAGAUUAACAGGCAAUUGGAGGAUGAGCUGCAAGCGAAGGAAAGGAGCUGGCGAGCGCAAAGAGACGAGUGGCGAAACGAGAUAGACAGACUGCAAGAAGAAAUCGAGAAGCAGCAAAAGCUGCUCUCCAUCAACUUAAGCAAAUCGCCGCAAACCCAAGCGGAGCUUUACAUGCAGUACGAGGUUGCCAGAUUGGCGUCCGAAAAUCUUGAACUUCAAGAAAAAUACGAUAAAUUAGCGGAUGAGUGCAGACGCUUCAAGAAACAAUGCAAAAUCCUGGCGAAACAACUCAUGGAUGCUGGCUACGAAUGCGAGGAACGCUUUUCUUAUGUAAAUGCCGUACCCAACGCGGUGGAAUACGCGAAUGGCUGCGUCGCUCUUUCCGGGACUCAUGGAGACGGAAGUAACAUGCCUAUCAUUCGCAAAAAGGAGAGGGAUUACGAAGGAAUGUUCGAAUUCAAGAAGGAGGAUAUCAACGUCAUCAUACGCCACAUGGUCAUCGAGCUGAAGCCCCGAAUAGCGGUGACGCUAUUACCAGGCUUACCGGCCUACAUCCUCUUCAUGUGCAUCAGACAUACCGAUUGCAUCAACGAUGACGAGAAGGUACGGUCGCUGUUGACCGAGUACCUGAAUGCCGUUAAACGCGUGCUGAAGAAACGCGACGACUUCGACUCCAGAGUGCUUUGGCUCAGCAACACCCUGCGCUUGUUGCACAACAUGAAACAAUACUCCGGCGACAAGCCGUUCCAGAUCGAGAACACGCCCAGGCAGAACGAGCAGUGCCUGAGGAACUUCGACCUGAGCGAAUACCGUGUUGUACUGAGUAACGUGGCUCUCUGGAUCUUCAACAAUCUCAUCACGAAUCUCAAGGAGAGGAUUCAAGCCCUCACAGUACCAGCCUUGCUGGAGCACGAGGCGAUAUCCGUUCCGACCGACAAGGCCGGGCGACCCAGGUCGUCGUCCAUGGGCGGUGAGCCGGAUUCCACGCAGCAGAAGCUGGACAAGCUUCUGGGCGAGCUAACAUCGGUACACAAGACCCUGCAAUAUCAUGGCGUGGAUCCCGAGGUUGUGGUCCAGCUGUUUAAGCAACUGUUUUACUUCAUGUGCGCCAGCGCACUGAACAACCUGCUGCUGAGGAGCGAGCUCUGCCGAUGGACCAAGGGUAUGCAGAUAAGGUAUAACAUGAGCCAUUUGGAGCAGUGGGGCAGGGACCGACGGCUAGAAACCGCGUCGGAAGCGCUGCAGCCCAUCAUACAGGCGUCGCAGCUUCUGCAAGCACGGAAGACGGACGAGGACGUUAAUUCUGUCUGCGAGAUGUGCAAUAAACUGACGGCCAAUCAAAUAGUGAAAAUUCUAAAUCUGUACACGCCCGUCGACGAUUACGAGAGUCGAGUUCCGGUUUCGUUUAUCAAGAAAGUACAAGACAAGCUGAAGGAGCGCGGCGAGAACAACGAACAACUGCUAAUGGAUCUAAAGUAUUCCUAUCCCGUAAGAUUCUCAUUCAAUCCGUCAGAUAUUCGACUUGAAGAUAUCGAGGUACCGGAGGUGCUUCAAUUGCCGAUGCUCAAGAAGGUGUAACGCAGACCAGGCACGAUCCUGGUCAAGAUCCCCGCUCCACUGUACUGUACUGUGUGUCUUUAGUUGAGAACGUUGUACGCGAAUAACCGAAACACGCUUAGUCCAUUUGUUCGUACAGGAAGUUAGUGAUACCGGUAAUCCGGCUACGUUUAGACGUAGACGCAUCGAGAGCGGCCCAUCGAUAUCACGUUUUAUAUGUUUCUUUUUUACUCGGGUAAUUUGUAGAUUUUACGAUAUGUCGUAUUCCUAAUCGCUAAUUCGAAGUCAAUUUCCGUUGCGUAGGUAGACGAUCAGGUCUCGGUAAGCGAGAGAAAGAGCGAUAUUUUCGAUUAUUGUUACUGUAUAGCGUUGUACGUCGAGUUGUGAAGGAGGCACGAGUACGAAGCUCCUACAAGGAUACUUUUAAUUUACAACUCUUUUAUUACUACAUAUUAUUUAUGUUAAAGAUGAUUAAUAGUCUCAGAGACACAGAUCUCGUGUGAAUCCGUUCUUCCUUCAAGUGUGUACAAGGACAUGUGUGUCUCGCGUUCGUGUCUUUUUCAAAUAGGAAUAAUGAAUUUCUAAAAAUAUAAUGUUAAUUUAAUUCUGAAUUUACGUACGCGUAACAAAACAUUUCCACUGGGAAAACAGUCUAAUGAACGAAUAUGGGAAUUUUGACGAUAAUGAUUGUGCGUGAAUACAAUGUCUAAUUUAUUUAUGUACAGUGAAUUCUUUUUGUAAGUACCGUAUGAAUACUCGAUCCUUGUGAGAAUUUCGUACGCACGAUAAAGUUGAAAACUUGUUGAAGAUUGUAAUUAAUGUAAAAAGGAAACGCGCGCGCGCGAGAGGAAAGAUAUAACGUCAUGUUGGAAAUAGAAUGUAUAUUUUGUGAUACGAAAGAAAAAGAGAGAGAAUUGUUAUAAAAUUGGGUCCGAUGACGGACUGAUAUACGAAUGAGAAAAAAAGAGAUACGAAGGCGACCGAAAGGAACAGGGGUAUAUAAUUGUUGUAUUCUAAUUUAUAUAUAUAUGUACAUGCAAUUGCAUUUUGUGCCAUUUUACGAGUAGAUCGUAAUAUUCGUUUGUUGUUUCGUUCAGUCUGCCAUUGGUUCCGUGCAUUACAAACACAUUCCACAGAAAAGAUGUCUGAAAAACAAAAAGAGAGAAAAUAUCCCUUCCCCCAAGAUGUUAUAGACAGAAUAUAUUUACACAAUAACACCUUGACUCGAUGUGACAUAUUUAUUUGUUCCUACGAUGAAAAUAAAGUCGAGGUGCUGAGUA